GUCCGUGACUUUGAUCAGUAGCUAGUCUAGUGAAGAUGGCCGAAAACAAUGGCAGUGGUCAUUGAGUUAACUUUGCGUUCCCCUGGUACUUGUCAACAAAGAAGUUAUCUUUAAUUAAAAAGUAACUGAACCACAUAACAUAGUCACACGUAUAUAUUAUGGCAACUGCUAUUCAAAAGAAUGGCAUGAAACCUUUAACAAACACGUCAAUAAACCAUGUAGAGGAUGUAAAGAAUUUAGAUAAUACUGACAUAUGUAAAGAGAAAGAUGAAAGAAUAUUUGAUGGACAAAUCCAACCUUACAUGGAGUCCCAUGAACAAGAACCUCGUGAAUUGGAUAUCGUUAUCAAUAAUGUAGUUUGCAGUUUCAGUGUUAGAUGUCAUUUAAAUUUACGAGAAAUUGCACUAAAUGGAUCUAAUGUGGAAUAUAGAAGAGAAAAUGGGAUGAUAACUAUGAAAUUAAGGAGACCAUAUACUACUGCUUCUAUAUGGUCUUCUGGUAAAGUAACAUGUACUGGUGCAACUAGUGAAGGCCAAGCAAAAAUCGCAGCUCGCCGCUUUGCACGUUCACUUCAGAAAUUGGGAUUUAAAGUACGAUUUAAUAAUUAUAGAGUAGUCAAUGUAUUAGGUACAUGCUGUAUGCCAUUUGCAAUCAAGAUAACAUCAUUCUCAUCGUGUCAUAAAGAAAAUGCAGAUUAUGAACCAGAAUUACAUCCUGGUGUCACAUAUAAACUAAAAGAACCAAAAGCUACAUUAAAAAUAUUUUCUACUGGAAGCGUUACUGUAACAGCUCCCAAUGUUGCUGCUGUUCAAGCUGCGAUUGAAUAUAUUUAUCCACUAGUCUACGAAUUUCGUAAAGAAAGAACAGCAGAGGAUGAACUUGCCUUAACAACAAAGAAGCGUAGAAUGAGGUUAAGUAAAAGAAGUCGUGAUGAGUUCCUACAUGAUCCAGAUUAUAUAUAUGAUACCAUGUUCACUGACGAGGAGGAAGAAGAAGAGGAAGAAGAGGAAGAGGGUGAGAGUGAUGCCAGCUGGGACUGAGCUAUUUAUUUUGUUCCUCUGUUAAUUGUGACACUGUUAUACUUACAUCUUGUUUUUAAAGGAAAAGAAAAAAAGUAAAUACAUACUACAUUGUGUACAAAAGUGUUAUCUAAAGAGUGAAGUGAAACAUUCAAUUUCCUUUAGUGAAAGGACAAUGUGUAAGUGCUAAAGACAAAUAUGAACAUGCAAGUGCUUUAAUUAUGAUUAAACUAAUAUUGAAUCAAUUGAACUGAAUUUCAUCGUUAAAAUAAUAUCAUAAUUUCUUUCAUUAAUGAUAUAUUCAUUUUUAUAUAUACUGACAUAAAUACAUUCAUAUAUGUAUAUGAAAAUAUAUGUAUACAUAUAUACAUACAUGUAUCUAUGUACGUAUAAAUAGAUAUGAAAACAAUGUAUGCAUAUUCAUUGUGUUUAGGAAACAAUAUCUCAACAUUUGUCCGAUGUUCUACAUCUUUUCCUCUCAUUCUUGUUUUUCUGAUAAAAUUUGCUAUAGCUAACUAAUUAAGAAUAAUUCUGAAAAGAACUUGUUCGUAAUCAUGUUCUUUUGUAAUUUAAAUAUUGAAUCAUUUAUUUAGUUUUUUAUUAUGUAAUGAUAGAUUAUGUACUGAAUUUUUGUUACUGAUGAAAAAUGUGUACAUUUUUGCUGUCUUUUAUUUUACUUCUUUCUACUUAUAGAUAUAAUCUACUUUUGCUUAAUUAACAUACUGUGCCAAAGAUGGAUGUCUAAAAUUUAAGAUAAAGUAAUCAAAGAACAUCUAAGAAAUUAAGAAUUUUGUUUAUCACAAUUUACUUUUCUGCAAUGAUAUAUUAUAUUAUGUAUGAGGGUAUUUCUGAAAAAUUCUUUAUAGUAAAUAACAGAGAGUUGUAUAUGACAAAUCUUUUCGUUUCAUUUCGAAAAUAUGUUAACAAAAAUACACUGCUAAAUAAGCUAAAAAAGUUAUGAAUCAAGAAAAAUUUAUUUAAAUGUCUCUUUUGUUAAAUAUGAAAUAUAAAUCUAAAUGACUGGCUGUUUUAGCAGCUGCAAUAAUAAAUGUAAAAUGGUUAUCAUUUUUAUCUAUUAAGCAUAUAAAAUUUACAUAGGCCUGAUUGCAGUGUUCUAGGAUUUGACUUUAUUAUUUCUAUUUGUAUCAUUUGUACAGAUCAGUUUCAAGCUCGAAUAUUUAAAAUAACUUGUCAGUUAAAUCUCUCAUUUUUAUUUAUAUACUUGAAAAAAUUAAACAUAAACUGUUAAUAUUAGGGAAUUGCUUAAUUUUAUUUAAUCAUAACAAAAAUUUAAAGAAUAGAAUACUAACAUAUUGCUUAUUAUUUGUAAUAUCAAUUAUCCAUAUAAGAUCUUAUUUAUUUAUUUAUCACUUGCAGUAUCCUUACGACAAUAAGUGCAUUUGAAUUAUGUCAUCAUCAUCUAAUUCAUAUAUCAUAGUUUGAGGAGCAAUAAACAUUAUGUUUGCACAUUACGAAGAAUAUUCAACAGUUCAAAUAUAAUAUAUUUUAAAUACAAGAAGCUUGACUGACACAAAGUUAUUUUUAAGUUCUAUUUGAUAAUAAAAAUUCGGAGUAUAUAACAUACAGAUUUUGUAUAAGUGUAUAGUGUAAUUUAAAGAAAACAAAAGCAUUCUUUGACUACCUGUUUAUUGUUUAAAAGCAGUAGUGUGGGCUUUAAAUAAGACGUAUUGUAAAUAAAUCAUGUUAUUUAGAUAUGCUGAUAUGCAAUCAGUUGUAUACUUUCUGAAUAUUACGAAACAAAAUGUA